CUCAAGAUGGCCGCCUUCUGGCGUCUCCGGCGCUGUUGAAUGGUGAAAGCUUUAUUGUUCCCUUCGGGCAGGAGUGUUCGUGUCCUCUAUGACGCUGUCAAUAAAGAACGGCAGUUUGAAUCGGUGCUGAGCAGAUUAUCUUCUUCAUUGCUUCCUACUCAGAACAUACAGUUGGCAUCUGUGGGUUGCUUAUCUGUGGAUUCAGCCAACCUUGAAUUGAAUAUAUUUGGAAAAAAAAUUGCACCUUACUGAACAGGACUGAUCCUCACUGGGUAGACUCUGGAAGGAGAGAGGAAGAGAAGUCCUAGGGGCAGAGUUGACUCCAUGGAGCUCCCCAACUACAGCCGGCAGCUGCUGCAGCAGCUUUACACACUGUGCAAGGAGCAGCAGUUCUGUGACUGCACCAUCUCCAUUGGAACCAUCUACUUCAGGGCUCAUAAGCUUGUCCUUGCUGCCGCCAGCCUGCUUUUCAAAACCCUGCUGGACAACACGGACACCAUCUCCAUUGAUGCCUCUGUGGUGAGCCCUGAGGAGUUUGCUCUCUUGCUAGAAAUGAUGUACACUGGCAAACUACCAGUGGGCAAGCACAACUUCUCCAAAAUUAUCUCUUUAGCUGAUAGCCUGCAGAUGUUUGAUGUGGCUGUUAGCUGUAAAAAUCUUCUGACCAGCCUUGUAAACUGCUCUGUCCAAGGGCAGGUGGUAAGAGAUGUCUUGCCAUCAUCCUCAGAGCCAGGCAAGAAGGAAUCAGAGAUACCUCAAGUAGAAGUCCUUUCUUCUGAAGGUGCUGAGGAGCCCCCUUCUUCCUUGGAGGUGUCUGCCACUCCAGGGGUCCCUGAGAAGGCCAAGACUCAGGAAGCAAUCCAUGUGGUACCACAAGAGAUGAGUGCAGCUCCUUCCACAGCCCAGGAGAUUGAAGGAGGUGCUGAGACCCUAGUGGAGACUUCUUACCCAACUGAAGUUUAUUCCCCCUCCCUUGCAGGACAAAGCCAUAGUGAAGCAAAGGGGGCAAGCACAGAACCAGAGUGUGAGAAGAAACAAUACCAAAUGAAUUUUCUUCUAGAAAAUGAGAGCGUCUUCUCAGAUGCACUCUUGGUUACCCAGGAGAUUUUAAAGAGACUGGAGGGAUGCUCAGAAAUUAAAGGCCCACAGAAGGAGAUCAUCUUGGAAUGUCUCAAGGGUGAUGGAGGGCAUUCAGCAUUCCAGAGGCUCCUGAAUAAAGUACGAGAUGAGAGCCUGGAUGUGCAGGCUGCUGUGUCCCUACUGAGGCUGUGCCAGAAUUCUCCUACAGCAAAAGUGUCUCUAUUCACCCAAGAGCAGGAGGGCAUGGCACCUGUACAGCCAAAAGGGAGCACAGAGGAGGGAAAGACCUUGUCUGUUCUGUUACUGGAACACAAAGAGGACCUGAUACAGUGUGUAACACAGCUGAGACCUAUUGUGGAGUUCCUGGAAACAGCCAAGGAGGAAUUCCUGCCUGGCUCUGAGAAAAGGGUGAUUCUGAAUUGCUGUGAGUGUGGAACACCCAAGGAGACAAUAGAAAAUUUGUUGCAUAAGAUAACUGAAGAGAAGACCCUGACAGCUAAGAGCUUGGUAAAACUCCUCCAGGGUGUGAAAACAACAUUUCCAAACUUGGGCCUUCUGCUGGAGAAUUUGCAGAAAUUAGCUGAUUGGUCCAGUGCCACAGUGCAACCAAGCCCUGAGGAUUAUGGGACUGAGCUGUUGCGGCGGUAUCAUGAAAACCUGUCAGAGAUUUUCACAGACAAUCAGGUGUUACUAAAGGUGAUCUCACAUGUGAAGAGUUUAGCCCCUGGAGAAAAAGAGAGUUUUGAGUUGAGAGUGUCUGCCCCAGAAAGCACUGUCCUAGAAGCAGUCCUGAAACACAGCACGUUGAUCACAGAGGCCAUCCAGCAGAAGAUUGUGCUCCAACACUUCUCGGACGAGGAAGAGCAUGUGGCCAAGACUGUGAAAGAGAUUCUGAGCAUUUCCUCUGAGACAGCCAGCCCUGAAGCUUCCCUGAGAGCAAUGCUGAGCAGAGCUAUGGAAAAGUCAGUCUCUGCCAUUGAAAUCUGUCGCCUCCUGUGCAGUAUCCACAGAUCUUUCCCCAGCCUGCAACCAGUCAUGCAGGAGUUGGCAUACAUUGGUUUCCUUACUAAGGAGAAUGGAGACAAGGAAAAGUGGAAGAUGAGUGAUAAAUUUCACCUUGAAGCCAACAACAAAGAAAAUGAGAAGGCAGCCAAGGCAGCUGGAGAAGACUGCCAGCCUAUAGAACCAAACGAGCAGGGAGAGACUGGUUCCCUGCCAGAGCAAAAAGAGAAAGACCCUUCUGCCUCCCCAGACUCUGCCAAGAAGAGCUUCAUCUGUAAGGCCUGUGACAAGAGCUUCCAUUUCUACUGUCGCCUAAAGGUGCACAUGAAGCGCUGCCGGGUGGCCAAGAGCAAACAGGUGCAGUGUAAGGACUGCAAUGAGACCAAGGACUCUAAGAAGGAUCUGGAGAAGCAUCAACUGGAGGCCCACGGUGCAGGGGGAGAGCCUGAUGUCCCCAAGAAGAAGAAGAAGAGGCUUCCAGUGACAUGCGACCUCUGUGGAAGAGAGUUUGCCCAUGCCUCAGGCAUGCAGUAUCACAAGCUGACGGAGCACUUUGAUGAGAAGCCUUUCUCCUGUGAGGAAUGUGGGGCAAAGUUUGCAGCCAACUCUACUCUGAAGAACCACCUCCGCCUACAUACUGGGGACCGCCCAUUCAUGUGCAAGCACUGCCUCAUGACCUUCACACAGGCCUCAGCCCUGGCCUACCACACCAAGAAGAAGCACUCUGAAGGGAAGAUGUACGCGUGCCAGUACUGUGAUGCUGUGUUUGCCCAGUCCAUUGAACUGUCCCGCCACGUGAGGACCCACACUGGGGACAAGCCAUACGUCUGCAGGGACUGUGGCAAGGGCUUCCGGCAAGCCAAUGGCCUCUCCAUUCACCUGCACACCUUUCACAACAUAGAAGAUCCUUAUGAUUGCAAGAAAUGUAGGAUGAGUUUCCCUACUCUACAGGAUCACCGGAAGCACAUUCAUGAGGUGCAUUCCAAGGAGUAUCACCCGUGCCCGACCUGCGGGAAGAUCUUCAGUGCCCCCUCCAUGCUGGAGCGGCACAUGGUGACACACGUUGGAGGGAAGCCCUUCAGCUGUGGGAUCUGCAACAAGGCCUACCAGCAAUUAUCUGGUUUGUGGUACCACAAUCGAACCCACCACCCAGACGUGUUUGCAGCUCAGAACCAUCGAUCAUCCAAGUUCUCAUCCCUCCAGUGCAGCUCCUGUGACAAAACCUUUUCCAGUACCAUCGAACACAAGGCACACAUCAAAGCAGAGCAUGCAGAUCUGAAGUUCCAUGAGUGUGACCAGUGUAAAGAGCUUUUCCCCACGCCAGCUCUGCUACAGGUUCACAUCAAAUGUCAGCAUUCAGGGUCGCAGCCAUUCAGGUGCUUGUACUGUGCAGCUACUUUCCGUUUUCCUGGAGCCCUGCAGCACCACGUCACCACAGAGCACUUCAAGCAGUCAGAGAGCACCUUCCCCUGUGAGCUCUGUGGGGAGCUCUUCACCUCCCAGGUUCAGCUUGACAGCCACUUGGAGUCUGAGCACCCAAAGUUGACGGGCACUGAGGCCCAGACAGCUGCUUCACAGGUGGUACAGGUAAUCCAGACUCCAGAGCCAGCGGCCCCCACUGAGCAGGUGAUCACUUUGGAGGAGUCCCAGCUUGCUAACUCACAGGUCUUUGUGACAUUGCCAGAUUCUCAAACAUCUCAAACCAGCUCUGAGCUUGUAGCAGUGACUGUGGAGGAUUUGCUGGAUGGCACCGUCACCCUGAUCUGUGGUGAGGCCAAGUGAAUGGCUGCUCAUCUGGUUGGGCACCUGCAUUGCACCAGAGAGAAAUCUCAGCACCAAUCCCAGCGGUCUCACUUGGAAAACAGACAGAAAGACAGCGAGACUCUAUUGUUAUAGAACCCAUAGUGUCUGAGUCAUUGUCAACACCAUCGUCCCUUCCACAGGCUGGGCUCAGGCCCGGGACACUGCCCCACCCCAGGGAAGUCUAGUUCUGAAAGAGCAGUGGGAUGGAGGCUGGUGAACAGGCUGGCCAGGAAGGUGUAAGGUGCCAGCAGUUCUUAGCAGGCAGGAAGGCAGUUAGCUGUGCAUCUGGGCCUGCAGAGGGGGGCUACAAAUACUGUCAGUGCCUCAGCCAUUGCAAAAUGAGAGACAAGCACAGCAGAGCCUCUGGGUACCCCAGCCUUGAACACAUUCUUCUUCUUUACUUCUAUAAUCACCCCAAACCCCACCCUGCCACCUCAGGUCCCCUUGCAUCCAGUGGCAGUGCCCACUAGUGCGGCAGUAGGAAGGUAGCAGUAUUAAUAAUGCAGGAAGCCCUCAUUUUCAUUCCUGGUCCCACCUGAUCGAUAGAGUCAACCCUCCCCAAAUUACAGCCUUUGGAGUGUUUCUGACAGGGGGAAGCAUUUCAUGUGGGGCUGUCAGCUGCGAAGACACACUCUGCUUUCCUAGGGUGUUCUUCAUGGCACUUCUUUCUUGACAGUUGAAAGCUGGUUCCCAUAGCUCCUUCCCAUGUUCUCCUCAUCCCCUUUCGUUAAUCAAAGGCUAAACCUUCUCCCAAACCUAGAGGCCUCUCUCUGGCUUCCUCUUGAGUGUGUGAUGUUGCUAAUGAACCAGCAUGGGCAGGUUCUUCUUGGGAGAUGGCCCCUGGCUCUGCUCCUGCCACCAGCCCAUGUUUUUUGUGCUUGGCCUACUGUCAGCAUUCCCAGACUGCAUACUCACUGCAGGUCAGGGAGCUUUCUGAGUCUGAAUUUCACAGGCUUUUUAUCUUUAGUUCCUAAAAUAUAAUCUGGUAAUUAAUGGCUUGUGGAAUCCAUAUGAAGUGCAAUUAGAUGGCUGUAGGUUCCUGCUGCUUAAAGAGAAUGAGUAGCGUUUAUCUUCUUUCCUGGGUGCCCAAAGGUUGAAGUGGGCCAGUGCAGUGUUUACACAAUAGGCAGGGCUCCCUGCCACUGCAGGCGACUUAAUUCCCUACCAGAUUUGGUUGCUCAAUCUCGUGCCACCCAAAGAUAAGCCUACCUUUCUUUCUAAGCACAUCUCCCAGGACCAUGUACAGAGGUGGCGUCAAAUCUGGUCUGCUGCCAGCCAGGCAAAUGGUACCCCUGCUAAAAGAGCAGAGGGCAGAACCCCAACACUGACCAGUUGGUUUAAGGGCUAGCCAUUGACAUUGACUUUGUGCAGGCAGCCCUGUGACCGUUUCCACAGGUGGAUUCUGGCUCUGGCCAGCCCACUCUAAACAUGUAACCCUAAGCCCCUGGUCCUAUCUUCAUUUUGAUAGGUAAAUCACAUGAGCUUGUCAGCUCAGGGAACUUCCCAUCCUGGUGGUCUUGGUUUGGUUUUGUUUUGCUUUUUGCUGUGUUUCCCAGGUUGCCCUAAAAUUUGUGAUUCUCCUGCCUUAGCCUCCCAGGUGCUGGGGUUAUAGGCAUGCACCAUCACACCCAACCAGAAUGGUCUUCCCAUUCUGAAGUAAAUUAAGUUUUUAAAGGCAAGUCAGCCUCAGAAGCCACUGACCAGAAGAUGGUGCUCAAACCUUAAGACUUCGCCUCCCUGGGAAGACCUCACUGUUUAUACCACAGUUGUUCUUAUCUUAAGAUUUCUCAGUCUGUGGCUGGCAGAGACUAAAGGGAGAUCUUAGCCUGAAAGUGGCAAAUGGCCUGACUCUCUUUAGCACCAGAUAAAACCCACUGAAAGACAGUGGAGUGGCAGUGCUUCCAGGCCUCGCUGCCAAGACCAGCAGGCAAGAAUGGGUUGCCUCAAACUCAUGGGGUAGAGUUAGUAACUGCAGUGUCACAAAAACUUCUUCCUGCCAAAAAAAAACGCUGAAGAGAAAAUGCCUUUUAAAGUUUCCUGAAUUAAAAACUCUUGAGUUUUAAACCCAAGUAUCAGCACUAAAAAACCCUGAAUUAGGUUUUCUUCUUCAGAGUCACUAGACCGAAGCUAGCUGUGCUGAGAUCAGUGGUGAAGACAGACUUGUUUCCAGGCCUGUCAGAUGCGUUCCUCCCAAGCAUACUGUCAGGAGGACAAACCCAGGGCUGGUUCUCAUCAGAAGCACAGGGAGGCCAUCCUAAAUCUGGUGUCUGCUCUGAGCUGACUGAGAUCUUAGCUACUUUCUAGAGAACAUUUUAUUGUAGAAAAAUUUCAGUUCUACCACUUCUGCCCACAAGGCCUGAACCACUUCAUGAAGGGCAUUCUUAACCGGUCUCCUUACCUCAUGGCCCUGGGCAGAACUCUGGGGCUUUCACAGUGGAAUACACGAUGUACUUAGUGGGGUGCCAGGUCUUCUCUGUUCCUAGAGCUUAUAAUCAGCUGGUAAGGAGGGAAAGACAGAUUCUUAACAGUGUCUGAUUCUACCAGGAUGACGGGGUCAGUUAGGGAGCAAGAUUGGCCCAUUGCAGGUAAGUAGGCAGCAAGUCGAUUGAAGAACAUGGAUUACUUAAGUAGAGGAGACUCUUACUGUCUGAAUGCAUGAGUGGAACCUGGACCAGAGGGGUCACAGUGUGGCAGAG